UUAAAUUUUUGAAUUUUGUAGUAAAAAUGUAUGAAAACAAAACCUUGAUACAAUCCAAAAAACUCCUUGACAGCCAAAUGCAGGACCUCCUAUCCCAAAAACACCAAAUGAUGGACAAAUACUCCAAAGAGACCAAAACGCUCAUAAACGAAGCCAAAUUUUGGAUGGACAAGAUCAAACAGCAACAACUCCGACACCACCAAGAAGCUUCUUCCUCAAUAUAUAAGGAAGAAGUUAACACAGAACUUGACCAGGUCAAUGCCAAGCUAGCUGCCCUCACUGUGAAAGAGAAACAACUAGUUAAGCUUAAGGAAGAAAAUGAGUGGAAGGAGAGGAAGAGGGUUGGAAUAGAAGGAGGGGAAGAGGAAAGUGAUGGGUCUUUGGCCAGAGCAUGCUGGGAUGAUUAGUUGAGGUGAAGAGAUUCAUAAGAAAAUUCAAUUUG